AAAAGAGCACUGGAACAGGUCAUUCCGGACUUCGCUAAGAUAAUCUCUUCCUCAGACAAUAACCAUAAUGGGCCUGGAGCGUCCACUGGUGACACUUUCUCGAGCACAGGAAAUUCUAGCUCGGUGCCUUCGGCCGGAGAGAAGGAAAUGAGUUUCUUCGAUGCAUUGAGGCCUACAGACAGUCGUAUUUAUCUUCUCUCCUCUAGAAUGGGUCUUCCUGCACCCUACGCUCUCUUAUCUGAAUGUCUCAAUCGUAGCUGCCUACCUGAAUCAGAGCUUAAGGGCAGCAUGACUUCAGAUGGGAGGAACAGGCAUUUCUUUCAUCUUGAAUUAGGAAAAUACUCUGUUAAGGGUUAUUAG